AUGUCUAAACAGUCAUUCGACGACUUCUUGAAGCAGCAACAAGCUUCUCAGAAUAAGCCUAAGGGGUACGGUUACAGAAACCAACAAGGAAACCCAAGUUUCCAACCUCAAGGAUACAACCAAAAUUUCCAACAGGGUUAUCAGCAAGGUUUCCAACCUCAGGGGUAUAACAACAAUUACUAUGCUCAAGGAUACGAUCCAAGCUUCCAACAAGGAACCAAUUAUAACCAAGGCCACAACCAAGGAUAUAAUCAAGGGUAUAACCAAGGUUACAACCAGAAUUAUCAAAGAUACAACAAGAAUACCCGUGGUCCUUAUCAACAAGAAUCUCCCAUUACUACUCCUAUCGAGUCGUUGCCAACUAGUGGAAGAAGCACUCCUAUGAACCCUAAUGCAUCAACUACCUCCUUGACUUCAUUAAACACUGCAUUGAGUAAAUUAAACGUUGAAAACACCCCAAUUCUGGAAAACUUAUCCAACAUUGAAAAAGCCACCAAGAUAUCUGAAGUCAGACCAGAAGUAGAUGCUAUAGUUGACGCCAUCGCUUCUCAAGACUCCCUUUCCGUUAUCAACGAGUGGAAAUUGAAUGAAAUCGUCAAGUCUUUGCUUAAAGCCAAGAACCCUGCAUUGGUCAGAGAAGCUGCCUUGAUGAUUAUCCAACAUCUUGCUACCAAGUUUGGUGGACAAACUCCAAACGAAGCUUACUUGUUACAAUUUUUGAGUACUGCUUACGAUAUGUUUGCUGAUAAGGACAAGAACGUCACCAAGGCUGCCAAGAGUGCCGUUGACGCCUUGUAUGGAAUCUACCCUGUCGAAGCACUCGGUUCUAUUGUCUUGGAUGAAUACUUGAACUAUUUCAAAUCCAGCGCUAAGUGGAACUCUAAGGUUGGUGCAUUAGUUAAUUUCGAUAGAAUAAUUGAAGAAGUUCCAUCUGACUUGUUGGAAUUGAAGUUUAUCAAUGCUGUUCCUGUCUUGACGGAUUUGCUGACCGAUUUCAAACCAGAAUUGGCCAAGCAUGGUUUGGCUACUUUAAAGAAGUUUGUUAAAGUGUUGGAUAACUUGGAUCUUCAAAAUAAGUACGAUAUCAUCGUGGACACUUUAGCUGAUCCUCAAAAGGUUACUGAAUGUAUCAAGAACUUGUCUUCAGUUACAUUUGUCGCUGAAGUUACUGAACCUGCCUUGUCUUUAUUAGUUCCAAUUUUGGACAAGUCCUUGAAAAUGUCGUCAUCUUCCAACGAGCAAUUGAGACAAACUGUCAUGGUUACUGAAAAUUUAACCAGAUUAGUUAAUAACAAGCGUGAAAUUGAAAGCUUUAUUCCAAUUUUGUUACCUGGUGUUGAAAAAGUGGUUAAUAAUGCUUCAUUACCAGAAGUCAGAGAAUUGGCUGGUAAGGCCUUGAAGGUUAUUCAAGAUGCCGAAAGUGAACAAACCGAUGGUAAAUUCCACGGUAGAAUUACCUUAGAACAAGCCAAGGACUUCUAUACUGAAAACAUCCCUGCUGAAUUAUCCUCGGUGGUUGAAAAGUUAAACUUGGACGAUGAAGUCAUUGGUAACUACUUGAGUAUUGUCUUACAAGCUGAUGCUCAUGUCAAUGAUUGGAAGCGUUUGCAAGAAUACUUGGAAUUGGCCGUGUCUGAACCUAAAUACGCAGAAGCUGUUGUAACCAACUUGCGUCACUUGUACAACCCAGAAUCUUCCACUGACAACCAGGAUGACGAUGGUGCUAUUGAAAUUGUCAAUGCUGAUUUCUCAUUGGCUUACGGUUCCCGUAUGUUGUUAAACAAGACUAAUUUGAGAUUAUUAAAGGGACACAGAUAUGGGUUAUGUGGUAGAAAUGGUGCUGGUAAGUCCACCUUAAUGAGAGCCAUUUCUAAGGGUCAAUUGGAAGGAUUCCCUAGUGCUGAUGAAUUGCGUACCUGUUUCGUGGAGCAUAAAUUGCAAGGUUCUGAAGCCGAUAUGGAUUUGGUCAGUUUCAUUGCUUCUGACCCUGAUCUUGCUGAAGUUCACGACAGACACGACAUUGAAAAGGCCCUCCUUGAAGUUGGAUUCACUGACGAAAGAUUACAACAAAAUGUCGGUUCUUUGUCUGGUGGGUGGAAGAUGAAAUUGGAAUUGGCCAGAGCUAUGUUGUUGAAGGCCGAUGUGUUGUUAUUGGAUGAACCUACUAAUCAUUUGGAUGUCACUAACGUCCAAUGGUUGCAAGAUUAUCUUGUUGAUCACACUUCCAUCACUUCCUUGAUUGUUUCCCAUGACUCUGGAUUCUUGGAUGCCGUGUGUACUGAUAUUAUCCAUUAUGAAAACAAGAAGUUGGCUUACUACAAGGGUAACUUGUCUGAGUUUGUCAAGGUUAAGCCAGAAGGUAAGUCUUACUAUACCUUGACCGAUUCCAAUGUCAAGAUGGCCUUCCCACCUCCAGGUAUCUUGACUGGGGUUAAGUCCAACACCCGUUCCGUUGCCCGUAUGACUGAUGUCACCUUCACUUUCCCCGGUGGUGCCAAGCCAUCUUUAAAGAACGUUUCCGUGUCCUUGUCCUUAAGUUCUCGUGUGGCCAUCUUGGGUCCAAAUGGUGCUGGUAAGUCCACUUUGAUCAAGUUGUUAACUGGUGAAUUGGUUCCUGACUCCGGUAAGGUUGAAAAGCAUCCAAAUUUGAGAAUUGGGUAUAUUGCUCAACAUGCUUUGCAACAUGUUGAACAGCACAAGGAAAAAACUGCUAACCAGUAUUUACAAUGGAGAUACAGAUUUGGUGACGAUAGAGAGGUCUUGCUUAAGGAAUCGCGUAAGGUUUCUGACGAAGAACUUGAGCUCAUGAAGAAGGAAAUUGACAUUGCUGACGGAAGAGGCCCUCGUGCUAUUGAAGCCAUUGUUGGUAGACAAAAGUUGAAGAAGUCGUUCCAAUAUGAAAUCAAGUGGAAGUUCUGGUUGCCUAAGUACAACUCGUGGGUUCCUAGAGAAGUCUUGCUUGAGCACGGAUUUGACAAGCUUAUUCAAAAGUUUGAUGAUCAUGAAGCGUCGAGAGAAGGGUUGGGUUACCGUGAAUUGACCCCAUCUGUGAUUAGAAAGCAUUUCGAAGAUGUCGGGUUAGACGGGGAUAUUGCCGAUCACACCCCUAUGGGCUCGUUGUCUGGUGGUCAAUUGGUCAAGGUUGUUAUUGCCGGUGCCAUGUGGAACAAUCCACACUUGUUGGUUCUUGAUGAACCUACCAAUUAUUUGGAUCGUGACUCCCUCGGUGGGUUAGCUGUUGCCAUUAGAGAAUGGAAUGGUGGGGUGGUUAUGAUUUCCCAUAAUAGUGAAUUCGUGGGUGCAUUGUGUCCCGAACAAUGGCAUAUCAAGGAUGGUGAAGUUGUGCAAAAGGGUACUGUUGGUGUUGAUGCAAACAGAUUCGAAGAUGGCGCAGAACUGAAGGAGGGUUCUCCAGCACCUACUCCGGCUCCAAAGAGAGCUGAUGACGACGAUUCCCCAGCUAACAUUAAGGUCAGAACUAGAAAAAAGAAGAUGACUAGAAAUGAAAAGAAGGUUCAAGCUGAAAGAAGAAGGUUGAGAUAUCUUGAAUGGUUGAGUAGUCCAAAGGGUACUCCAAGACCACCGGACACUGACGAUGAAGAAGAAGAUUAG